AAUAAACGCCGGUUAUAUUUGUUGCUGUCGCCCCACCCAACGAUACACAGCGCGCUUUCAAACAAACCUACCGAAAUAUCCACAGAAAACCGCCAUCAUUAGCUACUCUACACGCUAUUAAACCCGCUAAACCAGGCGUUUUGUCCGCUGAGUGAGUGAAGACGCGUCGUCAGGUGCUGCAGCGUCCAUAAACGCCCACCUAGAAGAGCACCAGACGGAGCCGCGCGACAUCCGAGAUGGCAAAAGCAGACCAGCGCUUUGGUCAGAAAGAUGGAUCUGAUCAAAACUUCGACUACAUGUUCAAACUCCUGAUCAUCGGCAACAGCAGCGUAGGCAAAACCAGCUUCUUAUUCCGAUACGCAGAUGACUCCUUCAGCAGCUCGUUUGUCAGCACAGUUGGCAUCGACUUCAAGGUGAAGACGGUUUACAGAAACGACAAGCGAGUCAAGCUCCAGAUAUGGGAUACGGCUGGACAGGAGCGGUAUAGAACUAUUACUACAGCUUACUAUAGAGGAGCUAUGGGCUUCAUCCUCAUGUAUGACAUCACCAAUGAAGAGUCCUUCAAUGCGGUGCAGGACUGGGCAACACAGAUUAAGACCUAUUCAUGGGAUAAUGCUCAGGUGAUACUAGUGGGAAACAAAUGUGACAUGGAUGAGGAGAGGGUUGUGCCUUUUGAGAAGGGGAAACACUUGGCUGACCAGUUAGGAUUUGAGUACUACGAAGCCAGCGCCAAGGAGAACAUCAAUGUCAGACAAGUAUUUGAACGCUUAGUCGACAUUAUCUGCGUGAAGAUGUCAGAGAGAGUUGAUGUGGAACCACCCAUGGUCACUGGUGCCAAAACCACCCGGUUAACUGAUAAGCCACCCCAACUACCUCAGAAUUGUUGCUGAUUUUGAUCGCUACUUAUGCCAACCUUUUAGCAGCAGAUCAAAUGUUGUUUGGUUUGAUGUUCUGUUGUAAGGCAAUCAGAACCGACCUGAGGUGUGUUUCCUGUACUAAGCAUAACUUGUGGGUUAACCAUCAUACUGCGAUGCAUCGUUAGCUAGUUUCCUGAAACUGCAGUAAUAUGUAUUUAUUUUUUUGUUGUUAUACCUUUAAACUUACAUACCAUGUCUUUAGCCUCUUUCACACAGUAAUACUGGUAUUGGCCAUAAAAUUACCGGAAUGACUUUACCUGUAGAUUCAAAUAUUUACUGUUUACACAGCAGAAUUUCAGAAAUUUACUAGUAAUGUUGGAACUUUUUAUCCCAGAAAAUUGCCAGGACUAAAUUCCUGGUAUUUGUUAAAAAAGGGCCUGUUCACAUAUGAUCAAUCUACUGGUAAUUUUGUAUGCGUAAAAGGGGCUCCUUCCAUGUCAUACCUUCCUCCUCGUCUAUCUCUUUGUAACACCUCUAUUACUUUAUCGCACCUCCACCACUGACAACUUUCUUCCUUGACAAACCUUUUUGUUUUUGUUUGGACCCAAUGGUUGUCCUACCUCCAACAUUGUAGCACCUCCUUCUUGGACAUAUCUCUGUCUGUGCUGACCGACUGAAAGUACAUCAACUCUGUUCUUUUUUUGCCUCCAUUAUUGUUGCACAUUCUUUCUUGACAUCCAACUCUAUCAUUGAUGUGUCUCCUUCUUUUGACAAGCCUCUGUUGUUUUAAACCACCAUCAGUGCUGUACCACCUUUGCUGGUGCAAAUCCACCCAUCAUCGUUGUAUCUACAACGUGUCUGGCUUUGUCACACCUCCAGCAUUUCCAUUGUUGUUUCACCUACUUAUAUCACUCCUCAGUUAAUGUUGGACAUCCUUUCAUUGUUCUUUCAUUGUUUACCCAAGGAUGUAGUAAGUCAGGGGGACAGAGUUCAUAGAACCCAGAGGCUUGAAGAAGUCUGGUUGGGCCCGAAUUGCAAUUUUGAGGGGGACACUAUCACUCCCAAUCCCACCGGUCAAUUUUUUUGUCACACAUCCUUGUCGCAUCUUUGACAUUGUCAUCUCUAUUGUUGUCGGGUUGCACCUAUGCUAAGAAUCACAGAGUUCAUAGGACCCAGAGUCUUGAAGAGAUGCCCAGAAAGGUGGGUCCCAAAUUGCAAAUUUAAGGGGAGACUAAACCUGCCUCCCCCACCCCCACCGGUCAAUUGUUUUUGUCACACAUCCUUGUCACAUCUUUUCCCUUGUCACCUCUUUCAUUGUUGGAUUGGACUCUUGCAACAACAACAAUGUCAAACCUUUAUUGUUAACUCUUCAAGGGACGUAGUACUUGAAUGAAAGGGGGACCAAGUAGUCCAUAGGGCCCAGAGGCAUGAAGGGGUACACAGUGUCAUCUGAGAGGAAACUGGAACAUGAUAUUUGCCUACCACCAAAGCAUUUUCCCAAGCAGAAACCUCUGCACAAGGUUAAGCAUUCCUAGCAACUCCAAUAGAUGUAUCUGUCUGUAUUUGUCACAACUCUUUUAUUGUCACCAUUCUGUCCUUUCUGCACUUUCACCAUUGUCAUAGGGCGCACUCACCCUAUGCUAUCCGAACCGUGCCCAGGCCCGUUUCCCGGAUCGUUUGAGAAGUGUGAGUGCUCUGAAUCGGGCUCAGGUGCGGUUCAGUUGGCUGGCCCUGGCUCAGUUGGAAGAGGUGUGCCAGAGUGCAGUUCACUUGGGCUCAGGCGCGGUACGCUUGUAGUGUGAGAGCAAAGCACGCCUGAGCCCAAAACUGAAGACGAGACGUGACUUUUAAGGGACCGUUUA